AUGGAAAGGCUCAGAAGAACACGAAGAAAUACAAGACUAGGGACAACCCUUUCAAACCUACUGAUGAAAUUAUGCAGUUGUAAUGUAAAAGAAGAAGGUGAAGAAAAUAAAACCUCUCUUGUUGAUCUUCCCUCCUCCAUCCUCGUCGCUAUUCUUUCGAGCCUUCCAACAAUGACCCUCUUGAAUUGCAGGCGCGUUUGUAAAACCUGGCAUUACUUAAUCGCUCAAGAUCCUUAUUUUACUAAAAUUUGUAGUGAGACCAGACCAAACGUCACUGACAUUGUGUUUUGGGAUCUACAUUCUUUUUACUUGCUAGACCUUGGAGAGGACUCGAAAUACGUUCGUGGGUAUCACUCCCCAAUGAGGUUCAGACUCCAUUUUAAACCUCAUUAUCGACAUCUAAGAUUAGUGGGUUCUUGUAAUGGCCUGUUGUGUUUGACGAAUGGCAACACUCUUUCCAUAACCAAUCCCAUUUUGGGGGAAUGUGUUCUUGUUCCCAAACUCGAAAGGAAGCGAGAGGUUUUCAUUUGCAUAUUUGGAUUUAGUGGGGCAACGGGUCACUAUAAAAUCGUUGGAUUUGGUUCAGAUGUGUUGGGAGGAACAACCCUUCACUCGGAGGUUGUGGUUUAUACUCUCGGAACUGAUACUUGGAGAUAUGUUGGGGAUGCUCCAUUACCAGAACUCGGAAUCGAGUGGUGGGGUGUUACACUGAAUGGAGCUGUUCAUUGGACGAGUGGUACAAGUUCUGAAUUUAUAUAUUCAUUUCAUUUGGAUAAAGAACAUGUCUGCCGCCCUAUCCCACUUCCUCCUGACUUGAGAAAUAUAAAUAUCCAUUCUCUCAGAGUGGGGGUGUUGCGAAAUUGUCUCUGCAUAUAUCACAAUUCCUCGGAUUAUCUUGAUAUUUGGUCAAUGAAUGAUUAUGGAGUAGCUGAGUCUUGGACUAAAAUCCGUAUUUUGAAAAACUCAAUUCAGCCUAUGAUGUAUCCACCAAGCAGCGUUUGGAGAAAUGGGGAGACCUUCUUACCCGCCACACUUUGGAGAGAUGGAGAGAUCUUGUUUUCAUGUGAUUGGUAUGAUUCACAUAUGUUUUCUUAUAAUCCCAAAGAAAGGAGUUCUACUGCACUCUACUUGCAUGGUCUUUAUUUAAAAACAAAGCGCUUAAACUGUACUCGAGGUUUAGAGUUUUGUGCACUUCCCUACCGUCCAAGCUUUUCUUCACUCAAAGAUGCUGCAAGCACAGGUGGUUUGAGGAUGGUAAAUAUCAGGUCAAAACAGUAA